GUGAUUCUGAUCACAAUCAUACAACAGAGCCACACAGAGAGUCAGACUGUAUCACCUAUCAGUCCGUCGAUGGGUCGGACAGGUGACGACGACCACCGCGUCGUCGACUGCCGGCUGGAGGCGCUGCUCUCCGGCGCCGCCUCCGAGGCUCCAUGGCUCCGUCGCAUGGCGUCUGCGACGGCGCUGGAGCUGCGUCUGCUGGCUCCCCUCGCCGCGCCGGCCGUGGUGGUCUACAUGCUCAUCAUCGUCAUGUCGUCGACCACUCAGAUCGUGUGCGGCCAGCUCGGCAACGUCCAGCUCGCCGCCGCCUCCCUCGGCAACAACGGCAUCCAGGUCUUCGCCUACGGCCUCAUGCUGGGGAUGGGCAGCGCGGUGGAGACGCUGUGCGGUCAGGCGUACGGCGCGGAGAAGUACGAGAUGCUGGGCGUGUACCUGCAGCGCUCGACGGUGCUGCUCAUGGCCACCGGCGUGCCGCUCGCCGCCAUGUACGCGCUGUCGGAGCCGCUGCUCCUGCUGCUGGGCCAGUCGCCGGAGAUCGCCGGCGCCGCCGCCGAGUUCGCCUACGGCCUCGUCCCGCAGAUCUUCGCGUACGCCGCCAACUUCCCCAUCCAGAAGUUCCUGCAGGCGCAGAGCAUCGUGGCGCCCAGCGCCUACAUCCUGGCGGCCAGCUUCGCGCUCCACGUCCCGCUCAGCUGGCUCGCCGUCUACGGGCUGGGCCUGGGCCUGCUCGGGGCCUCGCUCACGCUCAGCCUCACGUGGUGGGUGCUGGUCGCGGGGCAGUUCGCGUACAUCGUGUGGAGCCCGCGAUGCCGGGCCACCUGGACCGGGUUCACGUGGGCCGCAUUCGCCGACCUGCCCGGGUUCGCCGGCCUGUCCGCCGCGUCGGCGGUCAUGCUGGCGCUCGAGGUCUGGUACUUCCAGGUGCUCAUCCUCCUCGCCGGCAUGCUGCCGGACCCGCAGGUCGCCCUCGACUCGCUCACCGUCUGCACGUCGAUCCAGUCAUGGGUGUUCAUGAUCUCUGUGGGCUUCAAUGCAGCGGCCAGUGUGAGAGUAGGGAACGAGCUGGGCGCCGGCAACCCCAGGUCUGCGGCGUUCUCUGCAUGGAUGGUCACCGCCCUGUCGGCGUUCGUGUCAGCGAUAGCUGGCCUCGUCACUUUCCUGCUCCGGCACAAGCUCAGCUACAUCUUCACCAGCGGCGAGGUCGUCUCGCGCGCCGUCGCCGACCUGUGCCCACUGCUCGUUGGGACCAUUGUGCUCUGCGGGAUCCAGCCCGUGUUAUCAGGUGUGGCCGUUGGCUGUGGGUGGCAAGCAACGGUUGCCUACAUCAACAUUGGAUGCUACUACUUCAUUGGCAUACCCCUCGGCGUGCUCCUCGGAUUCAAGUUUGAUUUUGGGAUCAAGGGAUUGUGGGGAGGCAUGAUUGGGGGUACCCUCAUCCAAACACUCAUUUUGAUCUGGAUCACCUUAAGAACUGACUGGAACAAGGAGGUGGAGGAAGCGCGGAAAAGAUUAGAUAAGUGGGACGAUACAAGGCAGCCUCUUCUCGCAAGCAAGGAGUGAUCCAUGGUCAGGUAUCAGGUGUGGAUGAAGAGUCAAUAAGCUUCUGCUAGCUCAUCCAGUAUGAAAUUAUCUUUCAGUGGCCAUCGCUUUUGUCACCGCUAACUGCAAAGAUAGACCACGCAAUUCAGAAAUGUACCAAUUCAUAGCUUC